CGCGCCGCUCCCGGGGGUGGGAGCCCCGGCGGCUCCUCGUCCUCCAGCGCCGCGGCACCUGCGGAGGGUCCCGCAGCGGGCCGGGCUCGCGUGAUGGGGCUGCUCUUCGCCAAGCUGUGGAGCCUCUUCUGUAACCAAGAACACAAAGUAAUAAUAGUGGGAUUGGAUAAUGCAGGGAAAACCACCAUUCUCUAUCAGUUCUUAAUGAAUGAAGUGGUCCAUACCUCUCCAACCAUAGGAAGCAAUGUUGAAGAAAUAGUUGUGAAGAACACCCAUUUUCUUAUGUGGGAUAUUGGUGGUCAAGAGUCACUGCGGUCAUCAUGGAAUACUUACUACUCUAACACAGAGUUCAUCAUUCUGGUUGUUGAUAGCAUUGACAGAGAACGACUGGCUAUUACUAGAGAAGAGCUGUAUAGAAUGCUGGCUCAUGAGGAUUUACGGAAGGCUGCUGUUCUCAUCUUUGCAAAUAAGCAGGAUAUGAAGGGGUGUAUGACGGCAGCUGAAAUCUCUAAAUACCUCACCCUUAGUUCUAUCAAGGAUCAUCCAUGGCAUAUUCAGUCUUGCUGUGCCUUAACAGGAGAAGGGUUAUGCCAAGGUUUAGAAUGGAUGACCUCCCGAAUUGGUGUGAGCUAACUUUGUGUUCAAGAAGGACUGCUUCUAUUUAUUCUGUGGACACGGACAUACUUCCUGGUACUUUUGGCUGCUCAGGCAGCGGCAUGUUUAAUUUAUAACAACACAAACCUCUGUGAGCAACACUUGAAUCAAGUGCAGCCGAACUGGAACCUGAGAUUUUUCUUAACAUUUUAAAAAUGCACUAAUCCUCCGCUGGAUGAAAGUAAUGUGUCUGUGUUUCAGCAACAAAGUUCUCCUGACUACUUAUCCUAAUGCAUUUGAGGAUGGCCUUGCCAGAAACAUUUGUCAUAAUAUUUUAUACUUUCUGUAACAUUGAAAACAUACUAUUUAUCUGAACCUAACAUGCCCAGUUCUUUUCAUUUAUUAAUUUUUAGGCAAAUGUUGAUCUGGAAGAGCACUAGAAAUCACAGACUAAUGUUUGCAGAUUUUUUGGGGUCUAAAGAUUAUCUCCUUUUCUAUAUUAUCCAUCCUUUGUGCACAGAAUUUUAACCCAAUGAAAAAUAUGUAUGAGUGAUAUCUGGAAUCCUAAGAGUUGUGACAAUUUACCCACCAGUGGGUAAAUAUCCUCACCUCAAUGCAUGUCAUAGAAGAAUUUGUUAAAUUCUUAGUAUGGCUUUUUAAGAUUUCAUGUCCUUGUUCUUGGCCUAUAGAAUUAUGAUUAAUUUUCUAUGUAUAUGACUUGGGGAAAGGGUAUAUAUAUAUAUAUAUAUAUAUAUAUAUAU